AUGAUAACCCGCGAAGAUAUAUCGGACGAUUUAAGUAAUGUAGUGAUUUAUGUAGAUCCCCGGCAAUAUGAUAGGAUUUGCCGUAGGAGGAUCGAGAGGGAUCGUUUCUUUCACCGUAGGGGACGCCAAAAACCUACCUAUAUUCCAAUUGCAGUUCGUCCAACACAUUCUAAUUUGAACUAUAGAACGAGCAAUGUAGAUCAGUUUCGAGGAUUUCAAAAUGUUGAAAACUCCGUUUCAUUCACUCAAGUGCCUCAAGAUAUAAGUGCUGGCAACAUUCAGGAUGCUAAUAAGCUUUCUGCUAACAAUUCCACUGGAGUACAACAUCUACACCAUACUAUAUAUGGAGUUAAUUCAAGCAACCCGCUGCCAACAAAUACAACCCCCCCAAGAGGUGUUGAGUCCCAGUGGGCAUUUCAUUCGCAAGCCGAAAAUACCCAGUUUUCACAACCCACGAAUAAUGUAACUCACAAUUCUGUUGGUUUGGAUGGCACAGCUUAUUUGCAAAAUUUUGAUAAACCAACGGGAUUGAAUGCUUUUGAAAAUAGCUACGUGAAUAUUAGUCAUGCUGAGCAUUCACAAUCUUUAGAAAAUGUAGAUUCUUCAUCUCAAUAUGCCAACAUUGAGAGCUGCUCACAAAAUUCUUAUGUUGAUAAUCAAUACUUUCAACAAGCCCAGAACACAUUUAUUCCAAAGGGGAUAGAGGGUCGAUAUUCACAAGGUGUGGAUACUUACCCACAAUUUAAUGCUUCUGAUCAGUUAGUAGCUAACAACAAUACGAAUAAACUUCCUUUAAUUUCGCAUACGGACUCUAUUGGACAACUGCAUGUGGAGUUAAGCCAAGUUAAUGGAGGGAUAAAAUCAGACGUGUCUAAGAAUACAAUUACUACCGGGUACAAUGACUUAUAUUUACCUCUGGGGAAUCAGCGACCACGCACCCAGCACAGUAGUCCUACAUAUUCUUAUACAUCCGAUCAUUCUUCUAGUACAUAUGACACGCAUACUGACACUCAGAGACUGCAAAAUGCUGUAAAAUAUGGAGCGGUAUCAAAUUCUGGCCCAUAUUAUGGUUCUAGGGAACAGUUUUCGGAGGGCUCUCAUUAUUAUGAUGGUACAAUGAACAUAGACAAAAUGUAUGCCUGCAACUCACAGAAUAUAGAAACUGCCCAGUGCUCACAAAAUGGCGAUGUUGAACACUACUCACAAACUACGGAUCACAAUUAUACUAAUGGACGUAUAGAUCGGCCUCAAGGAAAUGUUUCAUAUUUUGGUCAGCAUUCCAGUGAUGUGAUGCUGAGAGAGGGAGAAAAGAGAAGGUACAAUGAUUCUGGGUUGUUGGCUAACGUAGAUGUUCCUAUAAAUCCCGGACUUAUGGUGAUGGAAAAUAAUUCAGGAUGCACACCCUAUUUUCCAACAUCAAACGUGCACCACGUUAACAAUUUUAUAAAUAACAUGGGUAUAUCUAAUAAUGUCCCUAAUCCAAAUUUAGAAAAGUUUCCUAUUGGAAGGUUUGUUGGUGUUAAGCCCAUAUCACCUAAUGAUAUUUCUAUACACAUGAACACAUCUGCGGUUCAAAAUAUGCCUGCAACAUCGGGUUCUUCUGUUAGUGGCAUGUCUUCUCGUACAUCAGUUGAUAAAGAUUUGGCAAAUUUUGCGGACGUGGCUACGUUGAUAUCGGGAGAAAAGGAUGCAUAUCAAUCCAACAGUGUGGCUUCGGGAUCAACCACUCAUUCACGACGCAGCGAGUUUAGCCCGGAAAGUCAUGCUUCUGCUGGUUUUGAUAACUUAAGUUCUAACUCUCCUAAUAUGCUUCCCGCUUGUCCUAGCCAAAAUGGGUUUUACAAUGACGUGUACUACAGUUACUUCCCGGGCACUGCUAAUCAUAAUGUUAAUUUUUGA